GUCAAACAUGAACUACACAAAUGCCUUGAGUGACCCAGACAGUGACGCAUAUAAGGAAUUCUGUAUAAGUGUCAUGAAUGAGAUUCUUUCGCACUUGCCUCCAGAGACCCGUGCACUAGUCAACUCUGGCCAGGUCAUCAUCCAGAUAACAUCCCUCUCAGCUGGCAGCGUAAUCGUGAACUUUUCCAUCUUUUUUCAACCCAGCAGCAACCUGACCAUGUCUAGCAUGUCCAGUGAUUUUAUUGCGUCUCUACAGAAUAGCACUACGUACACAGUAGACACUAUAUACAUAGAAGAUUUAAAUGAGUGUUUGGCAGCUGAGGCGGACUGCUCUCCGUGGGCUUCCUGUGAAAACACGAAUGGCUCAUACACCUGUGCCUGUUGGUCUGGAUACACAGAUUUGAGUCCCAGUAGACCAGGACGCAGCUGUGCAGCUUCACCUAACGCCACAACCAUUAAUCCCACCACAAACUAUCCUGGAGUAUCUUCAGAUUCCACUACCACGGACACUACAACAUCUAUUACAAAAACUACGUUUGGAAACCCAUCUGUGAGCAGUACAGUGAGCACAACUCAUGUUCAGAACAUCACCAAAACAACAGUGUCUUCAACUUCCACGACUAACAGCCUCACAACAAUGCCGGAAAACACUAUUACAACAACACUUACUCCCAUGACAUCACAUUUAGCAGCAGCCCCUUUGAUCCCAUAUGUAGCUGUUGAGUGCGGCCUAGGGUAUAUAUCAGUCUUCAUAAGGCGACACAUCUUAGUGGCCUACAGCAUCCUAGAGACUGCCCUGUACCUUGGAAAACCAGAAUGUGCUCUCAAUAGAAGAAAUGAAUCCCAUGUGGGGGUCACUGCAAAUUGGGAUUCGUGUGGUAUUACACUAAAUCAUAACAUCACCCAUAAUUCAUUCAAUGUGACUCUAUACAACAACGUGUCUAUGGCUUCUAAUGUGCAUCUAGAAGUUCCCAUCAUCUGCACUUACCCCAGUCGCAUCACCAUCUCCACGGGAUACGACCCCCCAGGGUAUUUAAAUAUGAUCAAUGAACCAGUGGCAGGAUUGGGAAGCUUCCAGGUUACAGUGCGUCUGCUGAAUGGGACGUCUCCAUUACCUGAGAAUUCCGCCUUGUACCCUAAUGAUAAGGUCAUCGUUGAGGUUGCGAUCAACACUACUGUCUCGCAAAUCAAAGUUGUCAUCAGCAAGUGCUGGGCCACUUCAAGCAACAACUCAUCAGAGUCACCCAGCCACGUGUUUCUGCUGGAUGGAUGUGCAAUGGCUGACUCAUACACGACUGUUCUUCAGAACGGAAACAGCACUGUGUCUUUGUUGUCAGUGCAGAUCUUCUCAUUGGUGAAUGUGGACGUCAUCUACCUGCACUGCCAGAUCCAGAUCUGUGUUGAAAUUCAGGAAAACACAUGCAGACCUGACUGUAUAGGGAGGGCUUACAGGGCUUCCAACUUAAUUGGAUUGACAAAGGCUUCCAUUGGACCCAUUAACAGAUUACAUAAAGGAUUCCCCCAAACAGAUACAUUAGAUACUCUGCAGACUGUUGGAUUUGUUGUACUUGGCGUUGGUGUGUUUUUAUUUUCCCUGGCUGCCAUCACAGGAUUGGUGUAUCACAAAAGGAAAAUCGGGGUCUACAACUUUAAUUUCAAACCGCAGCAGGAGAACUUCAGCUAUAAUGUUUUUAGCACGUAACUGCUCUGUAACCGUAAACUGAGGUAAAAUAUUAUUAUUGGAUAUUAUUAUUACUAAUAGGCCUAUUACUAAAUACACAUUACUACUACUAAUAUUACUGCACUGUAAAAAAUAUAUUUUCAUGAUUUGUUGUCACAUAUUUUUUUCGUUUGUCAAAUCAACUUAGAUAAUUGAUGUAGUUCAGAUAACAUAUUUGGAAUUUCUGUUGAUUAAACCAACCUCCUUCGUAGUGUUAACUCACAUUUUUAAUUUCAACAAACUCAAAAUUAACUUGGCAAUCAGGUUACUGUCUUUCUUAAGUUAAACCAUCAAUAUUUUUUUCCCAGUGUAAAAUUGGAUAUUACUAAUCAUUUUGGAUAGAACAUUAAAAGUAAGGGUUUAAUUUAGCUAUAUUUUUGUACUAAAAACAUACAAAUAAUCUAGGCUACUAUGAAAGUCAUUCGGGUUUUUCAGCACUUUAAAACUUAAAACAAACUACUAAAUGCAAAGCUUUGUCAGAGAGGCUUUAUCUUAAAUUUGCCACUAGAGGACGCUGUCUGUAUGUGCUGUAACUAAAUUUAGUGGCAAAUUAAAAUUUUGUUUAAUUAGUCAUAUUUUAAAUAAAUGUAUACUUUACCUGUCUAAUAAAUGUUCUAUCAAA